AUGUCGCGAGUGACCAUUAACCAACUAGGCAGCUACCUCGUGGAUCGCGAGAGGGACGUAGGCAGCGCGCCCAUGCCUUCUAUCAAGCAUAGACCAUGCGAAGCAUAUUGCAAUAGUCAAGAACUAGCAGAAGGAGCUAAGGUCCUAGGUCUUGAGUCCUAG